AUGCAGAAAGCCGUAGUUGUCGAUGGCCAAGGAUCAAUCUCUUUCCGAGACGCGGCGGUCCCUAUACCAAGUCCGACGGAAGUAUUGAUCAAAGUCGAAUGUGCGGGGCAGAUCACCUGUGAUUGGAAAACAGUACUUUACGCAAAGCGCAAAGGUGCCAUCGCAGGCUCAGAUUUCGCGGGUACUGUCCUCACUAUUGGAUCUGACGUUCGGCCAGGCGUACGAAGUGUUGGCGAAAGGGUAGCAGGCUUCGUCUACGGCGGAAUGACGCCGAAUGGCGCUUACUCCGAAUAUAUUGUCGCGGAUGCUCGUGUUCUCAUCCAUAUCCCCGAUUCGUGGUCCUUUGAAAAUGCCUGUCAGCUUGGACACUCGUUGUUCAAUGCUGCUCAAUGUCUUUAUGUCGCUCAUAACAUUCCGUCACCAUCGAACCAAACAUCGUGGGCUAUUCCUUCUACCAACUCUGUCCCAUCCAAAACGUCGAUGCACACCCCUUCUGGAACAAAACAAAACUCAAAAGAAUCGUCCUCACCAACACUUUCGAGACCAAUAUCAACGUCUCCCUCCCCGUCGAAGGCAUUCGCAUCAAUGUCAUUACCUCCAAUACAUGUAUUCGACUACACCUCCCCACGCGUCGGGAACGAAAUCCACAUACAGACAAAAAAUCGAUUGUCGAGGGUGGUUGAUUGUGUGGCGGAGAGGGAGACACCUAUGCAGGUUGCUUGUGCGUUGAGUAGGGCAGGUGGGAAGGUGGCCAGCGUGAGGUAUUACGAUUCCUUGAGGGACGGGAUGAAUUUGGAGUUUAUGUGUGCUUUUAGAUUGCUGCCUUAUGACUUCAACUAUCCAAUCCUCCACAAAGCGAACGAACUCGACAUCGAACGAGGCCGUUAUCUUGCGCGGUUACUCACCGAGGUCGUUGCAGCGGGACAUAUCACUCCACUUCCUGUGCUGCUCAUGCCCGACGGGCUCGCAAGUGUGAAACAAGGGUUUGAGUGGAUGAUGGAGGGAAAGACCGUUGGACAAAGGAUAACGUAUAAGAUAUCGGAUACUCCAGGGUUACGUUAA